AUGAUGAGCAUCACAAGUCCCUCAGACACCGAACAAACAUGGUCCAGUUACGUUUAGUCUUCGGCCUUCUGGCCAUUGUUGCUAUUGCUCACGCGUACGUGCCACGUUCGCGCCGUUCAGUAGCUUCAAGCUCGUCUUCGAGCUCGUCGUCGUCCUCGUCGAGUGCGUUCGGCGGUGCAGGCACCCAAACAAAUACCAAGACUCAUGCCACCGGCGGAGCUGUCGCUAACGCCGAUGCCACUGCUCUUGGAAACAGCGGCGUUGUCUACCCCGGUGCCUACCAAGGAGGCCAUGGCGGUGGAUUCGGUGCUCAGGGUGGCUACGGACACGGAGUCGGCGGACACGGAGUAGGUGGCGGUCUUGGACACGGUGGCUUUGGAGGUGCUGGUCUCAGCAACGCCAAUGCCAAUGCCAAUGCCAACGCCGCUGCUGGUGCCGGUGCUGGUGCCGGUGGUUUCGGUGGCAGCCCAGGUGCCUAUUACCAACCAGGCUUUGGUGGCGGUAGUCAUUACAAUGGUGGCCACCUCGGUGGUGGUGCCCUAGGAGGCCCUGCCCUUGGAGGCGCAGGAGCCAACGCUAACGCCAACGCCAACGCCAACGCCAACGCUGGAGCCGGAGCUGGUGGUUUCGGUGGUGGCAACCUUGGUGGCCCAGUAGGUGCCUUCCCAGGAGCCUACGGCCCAGGAGCCGGUGGUGCAGGUUUCGGAGGUCCCGGAUUCGGCGGUCCAGGCUUGGGCGGUGCAGGUUUCGGCGGUUCGGGCGCUAACGCCAACGCCAACGCCAACGCCAAUGCUGGAUCCAGCGGUCUCGGCGGCGGUUUCGCCUACCCCGGUGCCGUGGGUGGUGGCUUCGGCGCUUCCCCCUACAACCAAGGUGGCUUCGGCGGAUCUGGUUUCGGAGGCUCGGGCGCCUCUGCCAACGCCAACGCCAACGCCAACGCUAACGCCGGCUCGAGCGGUCUCGGCGGUGGAUUCCCAGGCGGAUUCGGCGCUUCCCCGUACGGCGCCGGUGGAUUCGGUGGAUCUGGUUUCAGCGGUGCUUCCGCCAACGCCAAUGCCAAUGCCAAUGCCAAUGCCGGUGGAUUCGGCAAUGGAGGAGGAUUUUUCUCAAGAAUCUCAGAUGAUGAGACCGAUGUCAAGGAAUCUGGCUCCACCGACAAAGUUCAAGGCGUCUACAGCAGCAGCAGCUCGAAGGUCGAUGAAACCGGUAAAGGCACGUUUGAAGUGUCUGCUGGCAAGAUCCCCGCGUAAA